AGUGAAGCCAGUAUUGCAGAGAGCUGCGCGGACAUCAUACCGAUUCUAUGUUGUUUUGAUAAGAUAACUCGUGUUUAUCUAAUGUUUUUACUUGAAAAUUGAGUUAUUGUUCAUUUUAACUUAAAAUUUACAAGGCUUUGGACAUGUCCACGAAAAAACACGUUUUCGUGGGGUCAUUCGCUUCGGCGGAAUCGUUAAAAGAGUUGUCCGUGAAUGUCGGAUACAUAGUUGUGGAGGAUGGGAAGAUAACCAAAAUAAACAAAGACGAAGCGAAUGCAGACCUGCAAUCACAAUUCGCAGGAUAUGAGAUAGUCCGCCUGAAUGACCACCAGAUUCUCAUCCCAGGAUUCGUCGACUGUCACACACACGCGCCCCAGUUCCCGAAUAUAGGCGUGGGAUUGGAUAGGCCAUUGCUAGAAUGGCUGGCAAAGUAUACCUUCCCUCUGGAGAAGCGAUAUAGCGAUGUAGAGUUCGCAGCUAAAGUUUACGAUGUUGUCGUCAAACGCCUUCUCCACAAUGGGACCACAACAGCUUGCUAUUUCGGGUCUCUACAUGCUGAAGGCACUUUGGAACUGGCUAAAAGCGCCAUCAAGCACCGUCAGAGGGCAUUUGUGGGGAAAGUUAGCAUGAACCUCCAAAAUGAUGCUGGAUACUUCAACGACACUGAGAAAGAGUUGGCAGAGGUCCAGACUUUCGUGGAGAAUGUCCUUGCAUAUAAGAAUGAUCUGGUGCAACCGAUCCUAACGCCAAGGUUUGCGGUAAGCUGCGACGACGACCUUAUGAGUGGCCUAGCUGAGAUUUCUGAUAAAUACGACUGCAGAAUACAGAGUCACAUAUCAGAGAACCACAGCGAAAUAGAAUACGUACUAAAAAUCAACCCGACAUGCAAAAGUUACGCUGAAGUUUACGACAAAAAUAGAAUACUAAAUAAUAGGUGCAUCAUGGCCCACGCCAUCCACUUGACAGACUGCGAGCUGCAGACCAUGGUCCAAAAGGGAGUAUCCAUUGCCCACUGCCCGGCGUCCAACACGCGGCUAUGUUCCGGCCUGUGUCCAGUCAGGAAAUAUCUGGACAACAAUCUGGUCGUUGGAUUGGGAACUGACGUAUCAGGCGGCGACAGCGCAAGCAUAUUGGACGCCAUGCGAAGGACGAUGGACGUGUCUGCGCAUCUUGAGAUGAAAGGGGACAAAGGAUUCACCAUCAGCUGGUCCGAAGCUUUCUAUUUGGCCACGCUAGGUGGCGCUAAAGCUUUGAAACUGGACCAUAAAGUGGGCAGCUUUGAAGUGGGCAAAGAGUUUGACGCUCUGCUCAUAGACCCGUACGCGUUCGAUGGGCCCAUAGACAAACACGACUACUGCAUCAGCAGCAGUAAGGAGGAACGAGCAGUAACUUUACUGCAAAAGUUCAUCUACUUGGGCGACGAUAGAAAUAUAGUGCAAGUGUAUGUAAAAGGACAGAAGGUGAAAGACUUAUUGUAGUCUUUGUUUUUCUUUUAUGCUGGGGCAUUAUCGAAUAAAAAUAUUAUCUUAAAAUAA